UAUUUCGGUCCUCCCCAUCGACGGUAACUUUCCCUCGGCGGCAAUUUAUUGGUCAGGAACAAUGUCGUUCUCUGCGUUGGGGUCCAACCUACUGCAAGUUGAUCACUUCUAAUCACCUCUCAUCCAAGUUUCUCUGCAGCUCCCAGCCACUUACUAUGAUUUCUUUGUGAAGACAAUGCUACUACGUUUCACUAUCCCUGCAUGCCACGGACUUAGUCCUCCAUGCAAUAGGGAGUGAUUCGAUCAUUCAGCCCAACCUCGUUUCUGUGCUACCGUUUCACCGCUCCCCCUUUCCCCUCGUCGGGUUCAUUACCCACUAUACUUAUACUCGGAGCAGCCCAACUCUCCAAAUCCCCCCGUCCUCUUUCUUUUGCCGUUCCCUCAUUGCGUUUUAUGUGUCACUGUGUGAUACCUGGUCACCUUCCUUUUGUUUCCUCUCUUUCCUUGUAAUUGUUAUGAGGUGCUACACCAUCUCACAGAGUUAUUGACUAACUCUCGAUUUGAUUGCUGCUUCUGAUAAACUCAGUUUUGAAUCUUGCACGGGCCAGCAUAGAAGACACUAUGGAGUCUUUGCGCAGUCGACGUAAGGCAGCGCCUGCGUCGCUCGACGUAAAGAGCACUACGCAAUUUUAUCCAGCCUGGACUGUCGUGAAAAAGCGUCAAUCGGAGUCGACCAAUUUUGCCGACACCGACUUUGAAUAUGGAUCCUCAGACGAAGAGUCUCCACGCAUGAGCAUGGGUUCAUUUGGUCGUGAUAGUAGUUCUUCUCUUUCUACGCCAGAGCUACCAACCCCGGACCAUGCCCCGAAAGCGCCCUUUAGCUUUGAGCUUGACAGGAAGAUCGAGGGACCUUCUGGACCUCAUCUAUUUCGAUCUUCUAUUGCUUCUUAUGGGUCUGUACCGUCAACUGCCGAGAUUGAUGUUUACUUCGAGAGAUCGCCAGUUCAGUCUCAGCUCGCCCAGACCCCAUAUUCUGGGACUCAAUUUUCCGAAACCCGAAGUACUCAAUCCCAGUUCGCCCCUACAGCAACACCAAGUGGACGAUCACAAUUCUCGGAGGCCCUAAGCACAAGAUACCAAUAUUCUGAGCCCCCAAGCGGUCGGUCUCAAUUCUCUGCCUCUGAGAGCACAGCCUCUGGGGCACAGUUCUCGGAGACCCAAAGUUCUAGAGACCAGUAUUCUGAGCCCCCAAGCGGUCGAUCUCAGUUCUCGGAGACUCAGAGCACCAGAUACCAGUAUUCUGAGCUUCCAAGUGCCCAAACUUAUUUUUCGGAGAUGUCAGGCAUCCAGUCUAAGUUCUCCGCUGCUCAGACUCCUAGUUCAAGGAUUCUGUUUUCUGAACCUCCAAGCGCUCGAUCAUUCUACUCGGAGACGUCGAGUACCCGGCCCCAGUUCUCUGCUGCUCAGACGCCUAGUUCAAAGAGUCAGUUUUCUGAGCCUCCAAGUGCUCGGUCUCAACUCUCUGAGAUAAGGAGUACUCGCUCCCAGUUCUCCGAGACCCCAGGCUCCAAGUCCCAGUUUUCUGAGAAUGAGGUAUCAAUGAAUAGGUUCCAAUACUCUCCACACACCUCUAAAGCUUUUGUAACCGUGCAUCCAGACGUUUCGCAGGUGGAGGAGAGUGAGAUCCGAGGCUGGAUGCCUAACCAGGUAGCACACUGGAUGUACAUUGCUGGUUAUGACGACAACGUUAUCGACAAGUUCAUCAUCAACGACAUCACUGGCUCUGUUUUGCUGAGUCUCCAAAUCGAUGACCUCAAGGAGCUCGGGAUAAAAUCGUUUGGGAAACGCCAUCAACUGAUGACUUCAAUUGACCAUUUACGCCAAACUAUGCGAAGGUCACCAGACCUUGAAAUACCUGUUGAUCACAGGCGCUCGUAUGCGAUGUCUGUAUCUCCGACGGGAGAAGUGCUUUCCAGGGAUGUCAUUAGCGCAGAUGGCAGUCGGCAGGUCGUGGCGGGGGAAUCUGUCUCCAUUGUCGGUAUCGAGCAGGUUCUUCCUAAACCUCAUAACUGCUCCAAGGGAGAAAAUUGCCCCAAGUAUAGGAGACGCCAGCGUCAGCUAGAGAAAAUCGCUGCAGAAUUUCCUGACGCUGUUCUUCUGCCAGGGAGCUCAGUGUUAACCGGGAAUCCUGGGAACCCAGAAACGGCACAGAACUUACUACGUCCCAAAUCAGAUGCCGAGCCCUCAGUUGUCGCUUCCUCGGACAUUUUUGGGCCAGCCCAAGGAACUCCCAAGCUCUGCCAAGAAGCGCUGGAUGAAUUACAGAGAGUCGAUCCACAGGAAAGUAUUCGACACUUCCUUAAUUAUCAGCAUGUGGAUUCGUGUGACGAUCUUGAACCAGAACUAGAGCUAGCACCCGCGGUCACUCAGCUGGUAAAAACCGUACCUGAGCAGACGCCUCCGACUUCCCACACGAACAAUAUGGCUGCGAAUCUUCGUAACCUCCCGAAGUUGAAAAUUCCUACGGAUUAUGACUCGGAUGAGCUUACAACAGCUGUUACGACCAACCGAACAAUUACCCCAUCCGUGGCAACUCAAGCCUACGGUUCUCCGACUGUAAUCCAACAGUACGGUCCGUUUAGUUCUAUGAGACCUACGGACACUUAUCGCCAGGGCACACCCUUUUCCGAGAUGGAUGCCCCGAUCACCGCUAUCCCGGAUGACCCUGUUGGCCGGGAUGUCUCUCAAUCGGUUCCACCAGAUAUGCGCUACGGGAAUCGUAUGCAAAUUCGCCGCCAGGAGAAUGGUCCGCGCGGCGCUUUCUUACGCCCUCAACCUAGCCCGCCACUUCGUCGCGCCUAUCUAGGACGGCCUCUUACUCCUAUUGAGGACCCUGAGGACCUGAAGAAGCGAAGUCCUCGUAUAGGAUUCCACAACCACAGUUCCUCGAACACGUCUCUCGCCUCGGACCCAGAUGUGACCAGGAGUGGAUAUAUGAAGAAGCGGAAGCAGACCCGUUUCCUUCGCCACGAAUGGCAAGAUGCACAUUUUACAUUGCGUGGGACCAACCUGGCCAUGCACAAGGAUGAGCUCGCUGCCAUUCGCAAUUCCAAAGCACUAGACAUGAUCGACGUUGAUGAUUAUGCUGUUGCCUGCUCUUCACUGGCCACUAGUUCUAAAUUGACAGCCGCGUUCAAACGCUCUGUUCUACGCAGUGGGAACCAUGCUAGUAAAGAUGACACAGCCUUCGCCUUUUCCCUUAUACCUUCAACAAAGGAGAAUGAGAAAAAGGCGUUGUUUGGGAACAGCAAUGUCAAGAGCCACCAUUUCGCGGUCAAGACCCGAGACGAACGCAUUGAUUGGAUGCGAGAGUUGAUGCUUGCCAAAGCCCUCAGAAAGGGUAAAGAAGGCGGCGCCGCGAUGCAAAUCAAUGGAAAUUUUAUUUAGACUCAUUUUUUUCAUUUUUCAUAAGCCCUUGGUCUUGUAUCUUUCCUCUUCUUCCAUCCACGCCCGUUUCAGAUUGUUGUCAGACAUGAUCAAAUUGACCUACAUGUAUUUCUAACCAUAUCCCAUAUGUGGCUUUUAUGUCUUCACUUUUUGCUUCAUGAUGUUUCGGCAUCGCAUAUUGUUUAGGAUUUCCUUUGUCACGACUGCAUGAACAUGAUUCAGAUAUAUUGUUGCAGGACGGCCAAGUCAUAUACCCGAAAUACCCUUCCUCUGGCCUUUGAGUUCUUCUUUUGUCGGUCUUUCAUAUAUAUACAAUGCUAGUCAGGUAGUCUAGGCUACAAUUUGGAUGUUUAACAUGAUAUGAA